AUGAAGCUCUUCAUUCUCCUAUCGUCCAUUUUCGUAGCAUCAAUUUCACUCUAUUUCACUACCCCACUACAGCAACUAUUUAGCAGCUUCAUAGACUUCAAAACAACACCUACGACCCCAGCAGUCACAACCAUAGGUCAAUCAACAGAAAUAUCUUCAGGUCAAUCGAUGAGCACUGUAAAUACCAUCAAAAACACCAUGUCUAAAGCACUCGCACACGCAAAGAUCGUCCCUCGUCGCUCUGGCGACAGGGGUCACGCUGAUCACGGAUGGCUGAACACGUACCAUACAUUCAGCUUCGCCAACUACUAUGACCCCAAAUUCCAGAACUUUGGCAGUUUGCGAGUCCUGAAUGAAGACCGCGUAGAUGCCCACAAUGGCUUCCCAACACAUCCUCACCGCGAUGCCGAGAUCUUCUCCUACAUCCUGAACGGCGAAUUGACGCACCGCGAUAGCAUGAUCAAGAAGGGGUUAGAGGGACAACAAGGCGACGAUUUUUUCCGUAUGAAGAGGGGUGAUGUACAAUUUACAACUGGUGGAACUGGAAUCGCACACUCCGAACAAAACGAAGCCGACAAAGAAGUCCAUUUCCUCCAAAUAUGGGCUCUUCCUUGGAGCAGAGGUCUCACCCCGCGCUACCAUACACGAACAUUUCCCGAAAACGCCAAACGUUCUGGCUUUCUCCCCAUCCUCUCACCUUUGAAAGCUGGACCUGGCGCGUCAGCCGAAGACGAGAAGGCCGCUGAAGCUACGCUAGCAGAUACGAUACCUAUACAUGCGGAUAUGGUCAUGGCGGCAGGUAUUAUUGGCGUUGAUAAGCGGUUUAAGUGGACUGUUGGUGCGGAUGCGGUCAGGAAGACGCAGAACAGGAAUGUUUAUGUUCAUCUGCCUAUGACGAAAAACGGGAGCUCGAAGAUUAGAUUGGAUGGAAGGGAAGACGCGGUGCUGAGCGAGGGUGAUGGGGCUUUUGUUUCGGGUGUUAAUGCAGGAGAUGUGUUGAGCAUUGAGAGUAUCGGCGAAGCUGAGGCCGAGGUGGUGGUUUUAGAUAGUGAUUAG